GAGGAGGAGAGGCAGGCGAAGAGACAGACGGGAGGAGACAGCAGGAGACGGGAGGAGACAGGACAGAGGGAACAUGUCCUCGUCCCGCAGACAGUCGUGUUACCUGUGCGACCUGCCCCGCAUGCCCUGGGCCAUGAUCUGGGACUUCACAGAGCCCGUGUGUCGGGGCUGCGUCAACUAUGAGGGAGCAGACCGGGUCGAGUUCGUCAUCGAGACGGCCCGCCACCUGAAGCGGGCUCACGGCUUCCAGGAGGUCCGGUCCACCACCGGAGGACCUCCUCCUCCACAGCAGAAGAGCCAGGCGGCCUUACUGAGCGGGAAGGAGCCGCAGCUGAACCACGAGCACCAGGCGGAAGGACCGAGGUCUCAGCAGCCCGGUUUGGACCGGUACUCGCUCUCAGAUAGCCGGGCUCGGUUCGACUACAGCGGCCACAGCAGCAGGAUGUCCAACGGACUCGGAGGACCCAACGGGUUCAAACCGGACGACGGGCCGCCCGAGCUGAACCGGCAGAGCCCAAACUCACAGGGCCGGAACCACGGGGGCCCAGUGAACGUACCACCGAACCUGCAGCCUCAGGACCUGCUGCCUCAGAACCUGCUGAACGGACCCGUAAAUAGAGCCACACCGCAGAGCUCUGGGGUCUGUCUCUCUGAACCCGGAGCAAAGCGGCCCGCUUCGGUGUCCAGCAGCUCGGACCAGGACCGGGAGCUGAAGGAGAAGCAGCGGAACGUGGAUGCUCUGUCCGAGCUGAGUGACAGCCUCCGGAACCGGCAGGAGGUCUGGACCGGCAAGCCGAAGCCGGUGCGCGACACACUUCUCUCUUUAUCCGGUUGCACCCCUUUCAACGUCCGCUUCAAGAAGGACCGCACGCUGGUCGGCCGUGUGUUCGCCUUCGACGCGGUGUCCAAGCCGGGUCUGGAGCACGAGCUGAGGAUCUUCAUCGAGUACCCGAGUGGCUCCGGGACUGUGUUCUCCAGCGCUUCCGGGGUUGCCAAGCAGAUGUACCAGGACUGCAUGAAGGACUACGGCAGAGGUCUGUCCUCCGGGUUCAAGUACCUGGAGUACGAGAAGAAGCACGGCUCCGGGGACUGGCGACUGCUGGGUGACCUGUUACCAGAGGCCCUGCGGUUCUUUAAGGAGGCGGGGGGGGGGGACAUGUUGCCGGAGCCGCACACCGACGGCAGCGUCCCGGUGUUGCCCGGCCGGGCUCUGGCGUCCGGGAGCGGCGGCUCCAGGACCGGCGUGAGGAAGAGGAGGGCCUCUCCAGAGCCAGAGGAGGAGGAGCAGCAGCAGUGGAUCAACAGCCAGACCGAAGCCCUUAAACUCUCCAUGUCUGCAGGCUCAUUCUCUGGUCCUCCCGGUCUCUCCUCCCCACCGGAGUCCAUCGCUCCUUUGCAGAACGGACAGUCCCCGAUGGACACGCUCGGGAAUGCGCACUCCCCCAACAAAGACCAUGACUCGGUCCACUCCAGCACGUCGUCCUCCAGACACAACAACAGCAGCCCGGUGUCUCCAGCCUCCGUGUCCGGACAGAGGCGCCUCUCUCUCGGGAUGUCCGGUGUGGACCAGGUGCAUGCGCAGAACGUGCCCGACUCCCCGAUAGCCAACAGCGGGCCUCUGUGCUGCACCAUCUGCCACGAGCGGCUCGAGGACACACACUUCGUUCAGUGUCCGUCGGUCCAGAACCACAAGUUCUGCUUCCCGUGCUCCAGAGAGAGCAUCAAGAACCAGGGAUCCUCCGGGGAGGUGUUCUGUCCCAGCGGGGACAAGUGUCCUCUGAUCGGCUCCAACGUGCCCUGGGCCUUCAUGCAGGGGGAGAUAGCCACCAUCCUGGACGUGAAGGUAAAGAAGGAGCGGGACACCUGAGGGGGGGGGGAGAUCAGUCUGUCUGUGGGUCAUAAUCUCUGUGUGAUGGACAGAAACAUUUUACACUUUAAAUCAUAAAAUCAAACAUGGAAGAUAAAAAGAUUCAUAUUUCAAUACCUGUUUAUGAAUAUAUUAACAUAUUUAUCUUCUUUAUUAUAAAGAUAGUUAUAAAUAAAACAAUCUGAGGCUAACAUUCUUCAUUUCAAAUGAUCUGCUUUGAUUAAAAACGUUAAACUACAAACAAACAGUUUUUACUUCAGUCUGGAGGAACUUUGUUUGUGUUUCAUUA